UAAAGGUAAAGGGGCGUUCGUCUUGUGCCUUGCUUUUCUCUUCUCUCUCUCUUUUUUUUUUUCCCUUCUCUGAUUAUCAUUUUUCGUCUUUCUUCCUCGGUGGGUUCUGGGGGUGUUGAGAUUUGGUGAUAUGUUUCCCUAGCAGAGGCUUUUUUCUCUGGAAGAGGGGGAAUUCGGAGCUUGAUCUGCUGCUUUUUAUGGGUUUUUUCGGUUGAAUUCCUCAACCCAUCUUCUGGGAACCUUCCAAUUUCUUAAUCGAGAUUUGAUCCGGCUGUCUCUGUAAUUCGAGUUUUAAAUAAUUGUGGUGUUGAUAGUUUAGAUUUUGGAGAUGGAGGAAGAAAUGGAUUCUGAGAAUCGUUUGACGUCGGCCGCUGCAUUUGUGGAAGGGGGGAUUCAAGAUGCGUGUGAUGAUGCUUGCAGUAUAUGCCUUGAGGAGUUCUGUGAAAGCGAUCCUUCAACGGUUACUGGUUGCAAGCAUGAGUUUCACCUCCAAUGCAUCCUUGAGUGGUGCCAAAGAAGUUCUCAAUGCCCUAUGUGUUGGCAAUCUAUCAGCCUGAAGGAUCCCACCAGUCAAGAGUUGUUGGAGGCAGUUGAACGAGAGAGGAAUAUACGGGUUUCUCCAGUGAGGAAUACUACCGUGUUUCAUCAUCCAGCUCUUGGAAAUAUUGAGCUGCAACAUUUACCUCUAGGUGUUAAUAAUGCCGAGCUUGAAGAGCGUAUUAUCCAACACCUGGCUGCAGCUGCUGCGAUGGGGAGGACACAGCAUAUUGGUAGAAGAGAAGGGCAGAGGGGUCGGUCUUCAUCUCAUGGACGUCCUCACUUCUUGGUUUUCUCUACUCAUCCUGGUGGACCUCCUUCUGGGCAGGUUUCGGGCUCUGGAGGAGACACUGAGCCAGCUGGGAUUACUGUGGCUAGCCCAUCCAGCCCACUAACACAUCAUGGGGAUGAAUCAUCACAGCAGAUUCCACAGUUUGCAUCCAUUCGGACCGAUCAAGUUUCUCGCUCAGCAUCUGGAUCUAACUUUUCAGCCAAUCGACGAGGAGCUUCCUCUAGCAUUCGAAUCUCCACUAGUGAUUCUCCACCUCCAAAUCUGGAUAGAGCUGGGCCGUCGGAAUUUCAGUCAUUCUCAGACUCUCUAAAAUCAAGACUUAAUGCAGUGUCAUCAAGGUACAAAGAAUCAAUUUCAAAGAGUACAAGAGGGUGGAAGGAGCGGCUAUUCUCACGCAAUGCUUCCAUGUCAGAACUUGGUUCUGAAGUACGAAGAGAAGUAAAUGCAGGAAUUGCCAGUGUAUCACGUAUGAUGCAACGUCUUGAAACCAGAGAGGAUGGUGUUACGAAUCAAGAUUCUAAUGAGCAGGGUGGCCACAAUAGAAGAGACAGCAACACCGAAAACUCUUUAAAUGAUAGCAGUGCUCCAGCAUCUUGCACUGCAACGUCCUCUGAGCGUUAAAUCAUUCAAUAUUAAUUUUGGCAACUGCAUCUGUCGUCAGCAUCUUAUUUCUGGAGGUAAACUAUAUAUUCUUAAUUCUCCAGACGUGAUAUGCUGAGGAACAGAUGCGGCGUUUGCAGACAAAAAGAAAAUGGCUGAAGAAUUUGCAUGUGUAGAGAGUACUGUUGUUGAUUGUUGUCUGAAACUGAAAAAACCCAAUAAGGAAGAAAGAAAGAAAGAGGGGGGAGGAGAGGAGGGGAGGGAGUUUGGGAGAAGCGCUUUCCCAUCUGGACAUCUUGUAUGUAAUUUUUCUUUUUCCUUUUUCCAUACAUAAAAUACAGUAUUUGAUUAUGCAAACAGCAUACAUAUUAUAUAUUGAAACCAUGUCUGGAUGGUUGGCCUUUUGGAAGGAACUCAUUUUUCUUUUGCAUGUUGAUAUAAAAAAAGUGUUAAAAACCAACACUCUUUUUUA